CCUUCCCCCAUCAAAACUAAAAUUCCCUCAUAUCUAUAUCUCCCGCAAUAAACUAAAAUUAUCCACUUCUUCUCUUCUUUUCUUCUCACUCACAUUUCCAUGUAUUCCUCUCUCGCACUCCCUCUGAACCCCAGUCUUCACUUCAAACCGUUUGCUCUUCCCCACACAACUCUCCUCUUCCCAUUUCCUAAACUAUCUUCGCUUUCGCUCUUCAAAUCUCACGUUUGCCGCUCCGCCAACCACUCUGACUAUGAUCGCGAAGAGAUCCGAUGGCUCCGCGAGGAGCAGCGCUGGCUUCGCGAGGAGCAACGUUGGCUCCGCGAGGAACAGCGUUGGGCAGGCGAGCGCGACUCCCUGCUCUGCCAAAUCGCUGAACUCAAGCUCAGAAUUCAAGACCUUGAGCACCAGAACUCUGCGCUAGGAGGAGGGGCUUCUGUGUCUGAAACUAUCUCGAGUAUCGCGGGGUUGUUGCAGCUGCUGAAGGAGAAAGGUCUAAUCGCGGAGAGCAGCUCGAGUGCGAGCCCGAUGGUGUUGUUGGAGGAGGAUCUGAAGGAGAAAGAGGUGGUGGUGGUGGAUAAGGAGGUGGUCAGGGUUUCGGAGGACGUAGCAAAGAAGAGGAGAAGGACGCUGAGGAAGGGAUCCGAAGGAGAUGAGGUUCGAGCGUUGCAGGAGGCAUUACAAAAAUUGGGGUUUUACUCGGGUGAGGAAGACAUGGAAUAUUCAAGUUUCUCAAGUGGGACAGAACGUGCAGUCAAGACUUGGCAAUCCACACUAGGUGCCACUGAAGAUGGGAUAAUGACUGCAGAGCUUCUUGAAAGGUUAUUUACGGAGCAACAAAUUGUUGGUGCUCGUUCAAACAUAGAUGCAGAUCAGAAGGGCAGCAAUGUAUCUGUUUCACCAAAGGUAGGUGCAAAUGGAGCUCCGGAUGCUAUAACUGAAGUUUCAGAGUUUCAGCAGAAAGUUGUGAAUGAAGAAAGUGUUACAGAAGUAGAGGUAUCCCAACACCGAGUUUUUCUCUUAGGAGAGAACCGAUGGGAAGAACCCUCUAGAAUAGCUGGCAGGAACAAACAAGUUGGUAAUACCAAGACAAAAGAUGCCACAACAAAGUGCCUUACCUGUCGUGGUGAGGGUCGCUUAUUGUGCUCAGAAUGUGAUGGAACAGGCGAGCCAAAUAUCGAACCACAGUUUCUGGAAUGGGUAGACGAGGGAAUGAAGUGUCCAUAUUGCGAGGGCGUUGGCUUUACAGUUUGUGAUGUAUGUGAAGGGAAGCGACAUACAUGAUGUAUUACCCUCAUCUCUUUAUAUUUAUAUAUGUCUUAUAGUGAUUGUAUUGUUUACUUAUGAGAAUACCAUUUUUCCUAUGACAAAUAACAUGCGACGAGAUAUUGAAGUGGAGGGAGUAUUAAUGAGUUUGUAAUGAAAACAGCAGGCCACGUGAAUGAUUCUGUAUCCAA